UUAAUAUAAUAGUUUAAUCAACAUAAUUUUUUUAAUAUAAUACAUUUAAAUAUAUUAAAAUAUUAAAAUAUAUUUUUUGUAAAGGUUGUUAAUUUAAAAAGAAUAUUUACUCCAAUAAUAGCUUUUCAUAGCUACUAUUAUGAUUUAUUAUAAGAUACAUUGACAUAGUAUACAUAAAGUAAAGUUUUUAUACACGUACAAUGUGUGUAUAGUUACAAAAUUGCCAACAUAUUUUCAAAAUUUUAACAAUUGUUCUAAAUAUAAUUCUCACACAAAAUGUAAUAAUGUUCAUAUAACAAAACAAAAAAAUUUUAUUCAGAUGUUUGUGGAAUUGAACUUGAGUCUACUGCAUAAUAGACUGAACAUCUUGUACUUCGCCAUUACGUAUUACUUACAUACGUUUUCAUGCUAUCAGUACUAAUGUAGUACUUAUGUAGUACAUAUGUGCUUAUGCGAUAUUGGUAUAAUUGAAGAAAAAUAAUACUAUAAUUGUUAAUCUAUGAAACUGUGAUUACGACUGUUAAAAGUAGGGCUCGUGAAAACUGAUUAAUUCGAUUAACCGGUUAAAAACGAAUUUACUGGUUAAAAUCAGUUAACUUGUAAUCGGUUAGAGUGAGUACCAUUAUUCGAUUAGUCAUUUAAUCGAUUAUUCCGGUCAAUUAAUAUAUUUAUUGUGUUUUCUCAACAUUUUUCUUCUGGAAUAAUUAAUUGUCACUUUUGUUAUGUCUAACCGAAUUAAACAAAUAAUUAAAUAAUGUCUUUAUACUUUACACGCAAAUAAUUCCAAAAGUGGACUUUUAACGGACUGUCGUGUAGAAUUCUGAAACAAGUUUUACCAAUUGCACUUUCUUUUGCCGUUAAAAAAGAAUAAAUAUGAAAAAUAAAAAUAAAAGUGUUUCUUGUUAUAUAAAGAAAUAUGAAUAUUAAAUAAGAAAGUGCUUUGUUGCAUAUACGGGGUGGACCAUUUUAAUUAAUCUACGCGAAUAUCUCGAAAACUGAGCCCGAUAGACAAAAAUGUUUCAGACAAAAGUUGCAUGGUUUCGAGGUGGCCACAUGAUGAAAAUAUGGACUUGACCUUGAGUGACCUUUUCAAGGCCAGGUCAAUGUGAUCGAUGUCUUAAAUAGAACCGCACAUUUUUUAUUGCAUAUUCUUGUAGCUUAUCUCGAGAGCUUUUCAAAACACUAUAAUAAUGUAUUUUUUCAUUAACACAUACUUUGUAAAUAAUUACAUAUUUUUUAUACACAAGGCAUACACAGACAAUUUCUUUUUCAACAUAUGAUCACUAAAUCUAAUAUAUCCGAACAAAAUUUUUAUGCUUAAACAACAACUAUUUGAUACAAAAAUGACGCAAUUCCGCUGCAAAAUUUUACACUAUGGACUGGAAAAGCGAUAUCUUAUUGUUCAUAUAUAUGAGGUAUUAUACAUGAAGAGCAAAGGCGGCAAUACGUCUCACAACUUAAUUUACAAUAUUUUAUCCAGCGUGAUAACCAAUUCUGUAGCUACGAACUAUAGCUUUUAUGGACAAAAACAUAAGAGAAUUUUUUCUAGUCUUACCUUAUGCAGUUGCGUCUAUCAUACUGUAAAACUACAAUUUGCUAAUGUUAGCGAAGAAGAUGUUAAGCGGAGCAUUAAAAGAUGGCUCGAUAGUUCAAAAACGAGAUUGUUCCGUGUUCAAACGCAAGCUCCUAAAAGAAAAAUAUUUCAACCAAUAAUACCAGCUGAAAAUGAUGAUCCAGAAGUUUAAAUUGAAGAAAAGUUAUAUAUUAAAAUAUUUUUUUAUAAUAAUAUAUUCUAUUACUGGUAAAAAAUUACAUUACAAAAAAAAUGUAAAAAGAUUAUAAAAAUAAAUAUUAUAUCACGAAAAAAAAA